AUGGAACGUCUAUUCCGAUUUGUUGAGACAGACUAUCCUAAUACUUUUGACGAUGAAUUUCCUUAUGCGCCAGGGUACUGCCAGAGAAAACAAGUUGUCCCAUGCACAAAAGACGGAGAGUCUGAAUUUUGUAUCAGACGAGUUCCGUAUUUGAAAGAGAAUCAUGUUAAACAAGAGUUUGGCAUGAUUUUACUGCAGGGAAUAAAAACUCGAUUGUUUGUAAAAGAUUUUUACCAAUCAAUCGAUACAGGAUAUGUCAAAGAAAAUCACUCAAUAAAGAAUCCACUUAAAAGUAUCUUGCUACAUAAGAAUCUCAAAGAAUUUGUCCAAAAUUCACGACAACCGAAAUCCACACCUCCAACGCCACCACGUUCACCACCGAAUUUGACAACUCUGAGCACAUCUGGUGCUUAUGAAGAUUUUGGGUGA